AUAAUCGGAAACUUGUCUUGAAGCUAUGAUUUAAAGUAUAUGGUUUAAUUCAAAAAGAAGAAAGAUAAGAAAGUAAUUUUCAGACUUGUCGUCUUACUUGGAUUUCCCAUAUAGAACUCUUCAAACAGUUUUGGAACAGAGAACUAAGAGAGCCCAGAAAUGGCAGAAUUGUAUCCGUUCAGUGAGUUCGAUUUUGAAUCUGUGGUUGAGGACAAAUAUAGUUCAUCCAACAACGAUUUCUGGAACUCAUCAUCAGAUCCAUUGGAUCAGCAUCAUCGUGAUGAAGAUAAAGCACCGAAGGACGUUGAGAUUUCUGAAGCAGAAGAUUGGGGAGAGUCAGGUGGCCUGGAUUCCCUCUGCUCUAUCCCGAUCAUGACUAUUCAAACUCAAGAAGAUGGCCUUUCAUCGCUUUCGAACCAACGGAAGGAGCAAUUAUCGUAUCUGGAUUAUGGGUCAUUGGAUAAUCUCCAAUUCGACAUGGUCGUCUCCUCACCGAUCGUUGACGCCCACAAGUUUGAUGAUCAAAUCCCAGCCAUGACUGUUCCCUCUCGACCUGACGAGAAUUACCAGAACCAGAAUUCAUCCUUCCCUUUUGCUACACUUGAUCUUCUCAACAACUAUGGUACUGGAUUAAAGCGUUUAUACAGCGAAACUGAACCUGAAGAUGAUCGCCAGCUUCAGCCUACUGAUGAUUUGAGAGGAAGGAAGCUCUCAACUGAGGAUGUCAUGAGAAUCGCCGGAACAAGGUUCAUCCGAUCAUCUUCUUCAGAUCAAUCAGAAGGUCUGGAUUCUUUAAGUUUUCAUCCUUAUGAUUGCUACUACUCUAGCCUUUCCAAAGAAGAGAAAGAGGACGUGAAGCUCGCAGAAUCUCUUCUUGCUUCUGCCGAGAAAGUCGGGUUGGGGCAAUUCGAACGAGCAGCCAAGCUUCUUCAUCACUGCGAAUCACAGUCUUCCAAGACCGGGAACCCGGUCGUCUCGUACUUCUCCGAGGCUCUUCUCGAAAGGAUAUACAGACAAACAGGAAGAACAUACGCUCCUUCAUUUUCUCCGGCGGGAGAAAUCCCUCGCCAUUAUCAUAAAUAUGUGGAGAAGGAAUUCUCACUUUUCGAUCCAGACGAGUCAAUGCUGAACCCCGGCCCUGCUAUGAUUGCAUGCCAUGCACAGCUUCCUUUCUGUCAGAUAUUGAAGUUUGCUGGAAUCCAAGCGAUUGUAGAAAAAUUAAGCGAUUCAAAAAAGAUUCACAUAAUCGAUCUUGGAAUUAGAACGGGACUGCAAUGGACAAUCCUUAUGCAAGACCUUGCAUCUCGACGAGAAUGCCCGCUCGAGCUCUUAAAAAUAACAGCAAUGGGAACGACGGCGAGAAAAACACUCGACGAUACGGGUAAGAGAUUAACCAGUUUUGCAGAGUCCAUGAACAUACGCUUCUCGUUUAAUAUAGUAAUGGUAUCCGACAUGCAUGAGCUCAAGAAAGAACUGUUCGAGCUAGACGACGAGGAAACGGUCGCAGUUUACUCCAUGUUCACACUAAGGCCCCUGCUCGCACAGCCAGAUCAGUUAGAAGCCCUGAUGAAGGCGAUGAGAAAUUUGAACCCAAUCGUGAUGGUGGUAACGGAGGUGGAAGCGAACCACAACUCGAAGUCAUUCGUGAAGCGAUUUACAGAAGCGCUGUUCUACUUCAGCGCAUUCUUCGAUUGUGUGGAUUCAUCCAUGAAAGGGGACGAUACGAACAGGACGGUGUUGGAGUCAUUGUACGUAAGAUUUGGGAUUAGGGAUAUUGUGGCGGCGGAAGGAGAGAAGAGGAAGAUCAGGAACGUGAAGAUCGAUGUGUGGAGGGCUUUCUUUGGGAGGUUUGGGAUGGUGGAGGAAGAACUGAGCAUGUCGUCGUUGUACCAGGCGGAGCUGGUGGCCAAGAGAUUUGCAGGUGGGAGUUUCUGCACGUUUGACAAGAAUGGAAGCACUUUGCUCUGUGGGUGGAAGGGAACCCCGCUUUACUUUGUUUCUGUCUGGAAAUUCCUUUGAGCACAACGUAUCUGAAUUGAUUAAAAUGCUUGUUUCGGUUGAUUUUAGCUAUCUGGUUAACCUGAUUUCACAUGAUUGAAGUUCACCUUCUGAUAAUC